AGGGGAGGACAGGGUGCCCUCCUCUUCCUUCCGCAGCCCGGGAGCGAAGCGAAGCAAUUCAGAUCCCGGAGCGCGGUCAGCAGACCGGUCGCGUCUAUGAUCGCUCCGCAGGCCGCUUGGUCGGCUGGUGCUGUCUCAUCAGGGAGAGCUGAACUCCAUGGCAGGGAACUUUUGGCAGAGCUCCCAUUAUUUGCAAUGGAUUUUGGAUAAACAAGAUCUAUUGAAGGAGCGCCAAAAGGACUUAAAAUUUCUCUCAGAAGAAGAGUAUUGGAAGUUACAAAUAUUUUUUACAAAUGUUAUCCAAGCAUUAGGUGAACAUCUUAAAUUAAGACAACAAGUUAUUGCUACUGCUACUGUUUAUUUCAAGAGAUUCUAUGCCAGGUAUUCUCUGAAAAGUAUAGAUCCUGUAUUAAUGGCUCCUACGUGUGUGUUUUUGGCAUCUAAAGUAGAGGAAUUUGGAGUGGUUUCGAAUACGAGGUUGAUUGCUGCUGCUACUUCUGUAUUGAAAACUAGAUUUUCAUAUGCCUUCCCAAAGGAAUUCCCUUAUAAGAUGAAUCAUAUAUUAGAAUGUGAAUUCUAUCUACUAGAACUAAUGGAUUGUUGCUUGAUAGUCUAUCAUCCUUAUAGACCUUUGCUCCAGUAUGUGCAGGACAUGGGCCAAGAAGACAUGUUGCUUCCCCUUGCAUGGAGAAUAGUGAAUGAUACCUACAGAACAGAUCUUUGCCUACUGUAUCCUCCUUUCAUGAUAGCUCUAGCUUGCCUACAUGUGGCCUGUGUUGUACAGCAGAAAGAUGCCAGACAGUGGUUUGCUGAACUUUCUGUGGACAUGGAGAAGAUUCUGGAAAUAAUCAGGGUUAUUUUAAAACUAUAUGAGCAGUGGAAGAAUUUUGAUGAGAAAAAAGAAAUGGCUACUAUUCUUAGUAAGAUGCCAAAACCAAAACCACCUCCAAACAGUGAAGGAGAGCAGGGUCCAAAUGGAACUCAGAACUCUAGCUACAGCCAAUCUUAAAACAUUCCGAAGAAAGUCUAGUGGAGCACUUGGAAAUAAACCAUUGGACAAUUUCAGUAAUGUCUUCAGUGGGACACAAAUGAAAAUGAAUAGCUUGCUUCUGUCAAGCAUGUUGGGAAGUGAUUUUAUUUUUGGAAAAUAAGUUGUUCUUUACUCAAUUUGCUUCUAGUACAUCAUUGAUUAAAAUCUCUUGAUUAUAACAGUAUAGAAGGGCUGUAAGGGGACCUACAGACAAACAGACAGACAUAGACAUUACAAAGUUAAUAGCUUUUAAUGAGUAUCUUAUUUCUUGAUUUUGGAUAAUAGAACUUUUUAGCUUUUUAUUAAGGCAGAAAUCAUGAAGCCUAAUUUGUUUGAAAUCCAUUUUGGUCAGUAAGACAAAAAAGGACAUAAAAAAAUCCCAUGAGGGUUUCUGUCCUUACCCUCCUUCUCCCCCCCCCCCCCCCUUUACUUUAAAAUUGUACUUAAGGAUUCAACUCUUUAAAAAUCCUGGAAGAUUUUUGAUAACGAUGAUGAUAAUUUCAGGGAAAUUAUUCAAGUACUUUUUGAUUUUAAAAUGUUUUAUAUUCAGUACUUUUAAUAUUUUGCCACAGAAGAUACUAACCCAGACUUGUAGAAAAGUGCAAUAUGUAUAGCAUACUCUGACAUUUUAAAAGUUAAUUCCGUAACCAUUUUGAAAUGCUGACUGAGCAAAAAAAGUUUUUUAAAUCCCGAAUAAGGUUAUUUGGAUUAAUCGAUUAAUCACAAUUAACAGGCACUUUGAAAGCCUGUAAUAAUUAAUAUAGGUUGAAAUACAAAUGUUCAUUUUUAAUCUACUAUAAAAAGGGUCUUUUUCUGAGAUAUAUACACCCUAGUUUAAUUUUUAUGUCUUCAUAUGGAGUUAGAUAUUUUUCAGCUAUCUUGAACCAGAAAAACAAUCAGGUUUUAGGCCGGUUAGAUACUGGCUGUUCUUAAUUCUCAUAUGAGUGUAGGACUAAAGACCAAAUGUGACAUCAGUAGGACUGCGCUGUCUGUGGAGCUUAGUAAAUCAUUUUCUUCACACUUGAAGGAGGGUGAUAAAUAAAACUUGGGAUCAUAGGAAAUUUAUGUACAAUUAAGGUUUUUUUUAUAAAUCAGUUGUGAAAAAUGGAUUCUUAAAUUAAGUGUUAAUUUCCUAGUAUAAAACGUCAAGAAUAAAAGUGAGAUCUCCACUC